AUAUAGCGAUAAAACAACAGUAGUUAAAACACGUUUAAUAUAAAACAAGGUUAUAUAGUGUUAAGGGUAAAAUAAACUCCGCUAAGUAUAAUCAUGGAAGUGGAUGAGAUUCGAUUGAACGAAGCGGAUGCUAACGACAACAAUAACGAAGAUGACUCAAAACCAGCACAGACAGAUGAAGUUAAACUAUUAAGGAAGAUUGGACUCGCUGGAGGGAUCAGUAUUAUCGUGGGCAGUAUGAUCGGAUCCGGUAUCUUUAUUUCACCCACUGGUAUCCUGAAGAUGAGCGGAGGCAGCAUCGGCGUGAGUCUUAUCAUCUGGGUAUUCUGUGGUAUCCUGACCAUCCUGGCAGCUUUGUGCUUAUGCGAACUCGGCAUGAUGUUUCCUGAGUCAGGAGGGAUCAAUACUUACCUUAUGAAAACUUACGGUUCAGGGUUGGCGUUCCUUCACGCUUGGAGUUAUUGCUUAUUCAUUAUACCCGGAAAGGGGGCCGUUCAAGGUCUGGCACUUGGUGAAUAUAUAUCCCGUCCGUUCUACCCCUCAUGCGAUCCACCUCAAUCUAUUAUUCAGUUGAUAGCCGUUGCCGCUACUCUGUUCAUCGUCGUUGUAAAUUGCUACAGCGUCAAGAUAGCGGCCGGGCUGGGUAUUUUCUUUACGUUUUCAAAGGUGACAGUUCUCAUUAUAAUGGCGGUUUCUUCAUUCGUAUACGUCGCUAACGACUCAACAAUCGCCGACGAAAACUUCAGCAACGCAUUCGAUAUUUCAAACCCUGUGUACGGUACAGUGGCAACAGUCGGUGUAGCUGAAAUCAGCCUUGCAAUUUACCAGGGUCUAUUUCCGUACGCCGGAUUCAUAAACCUCAACGUUAUAACUGAAGAACUGAGACGUCCUGAACGCAAUCUACCUUUCUCCAUCAUAUUUGGCGUUUCCUUCGUACUUGGGGUGUACGUAAUCGCAAACUGCGCAUAUUUCUCAGUGCUAACGCCAACUGAGAUGAUACAAUCAGUUUCUGUCGCUGUAACCCUUGCUGACCGUACAAUAACUUCAUGGGCGUGGAUUGUACCAGUCGGCGUUUCGCUUUCAGUUAUUGGUAACAUGAAUAACUCCUCACUUGCUAAUGGACGAAUUGCGUUUGUGGCUGGCCAGAGAGGAUUGCUGCCACAGAUUCUCUCAAUGAUACAAGUUACAUUCCUAACCCCAACACCAGCACUUUAUCUCAAUCUAACUUUGAUAAUCAUUUUCCUUUUUCCUUCCAAUAUUGACUCGUUAAUACAGGGCACGCAGUUUAUGGAAUGGUUCUUCAUUGGGCUGUCAGCGCUUGGGCUGAUUAUUUGUCGUUGGACAAAGAAGGAUAUGGAACGCCCUUUCAAGGUCCCGAUAAUAAUCCCUAUAGCGGUGACGUUGAUCUCCGCUUUCCUGGUAAUCACCCCGCUUGUAUUCGAUCCGGAUCCUUUUAUAUUAUACGCCACCCUAUUCACACUCGGUGGUCUCCUGUUUUAUUUUCCAUUGGUUUUCUUCAACCUCAAGAUCCCUUACGUUGACCACCUAACUAUAUUCCUCCAAGAACUAAUGAACGUUUGCCCCUCCGGUGCUACCGUUGCUGACGACAGCUAUGAAGGCAAAACUAAAGAAACGAAGGAAGAGAACACCGUGCUUUGAUCUGAGAACCAGGGCUAUGAUUUACGAUGUUGAAAUUCUUGAUUUGAAACCAUAUUUUUCUUGAUUUGAACGUGUAAAAGGUAUACAUUUCUGAACAAAAA